UGCGUCAUUAUGUAACUUCCUGUGCACGCACCGUCAAUAUGGCGCCGACCGGAUCCUUAUCCUUUGCAGUGAUCAUUUUAACUACAGUUUUAGGAUUUUAUACAGAAUUUGCGGGCUGUAAUAAUGGCAGGCGGGGACCUGAGGUCGUGGAGUCGGACCUGGCCGGAUUCUCCGUGCCGCUCGAGCACUCUUUCGAAGUCGACGACGUGCCCAGGUUCCGGACUCGUGGCUCAAUCCAGCUGAAGGCCGGCAGAGAGAACAGCGCGGCUCUGUCUCAGCUGGAGCUCUCGGAAAAGGACAGACGUUUACUCAAGGAUGUAGCGGCUGUAGACGGUCUGUACAGGAUCCGAGUCCCCCGGGUGUCUCUGCAGUCAGACAGGCAGACAGACGGUCACCUGAGCGCCUUUGUCAGAGCCUGCUCUCUGGUGGAGUCUCACCUGAGUGACGUCAUCACACUGCACACUGAUGUCAGCGGCUCCCUCAUCGGCGUCUCCAUAGUGACGGUGCCGGGGGCGUGUCAGGGGGCCGAGGUCGAGGACGACGUGGACCUGGAAGCGUUCAACACCACCAUCAGUGUCAUGGCACCGAUCAACGCACCGGCGCCUGAGACGGCGCUGUUCAUCGAACGGAUGGAGCAGGAACAGGACAAGAAAGGAAAACCCCAGGAGCAGAAAUCCUUCUUCGCUAAAUACUGGUAUUUGAUUUUGGGAGGUGCAGUGUUCCUCAUGGCCACCAGUUCAGCACAGCCCCCAGCAGGGGGAGACAGAGAGCAGAGCUGAUUCAUUCCGUCAAUGGAUGUACAUCGUCCCUCUCGUCCUCUUCCUGAUGAUGUCCGGAGCACAAGACCAGUCUGGAGGCGGAGCUAGUGGUGGAGCAGCCAGUGGUGGCGGUCGAUGAUUCCCAUGGCAACCACAACCGCUGUUCUGCUGCUCCUGGUUUAUAAACUGUACAUAAUAACUUAAAUUAAUGUAAUGCAGAAUCUACAUGCUAAUAAACUAAGAAGAAGGAGUUGAA